CUUUGCCAUAUUUUUGAGUAUAUAUGUAAAAUGCCCUGUAUAAAACCUAAAUGAAGAAACCAAGUCGCCUUUCCCUGGCUCUGUCUCUCGACUCAUUCUCAGACCAGAGGCUUCAUCUCACCAACGAAUCCUCUUUCUCUUUCUUUCUCCUUUCUUCUCUCGUUCGUCGUAACUCCUCUUUCCUUCCCCACUCCUCACGCAGGCGUCACACGUAAACCUUAGGCCUCAGGCGCAUGGCCAGCCGUACACCUCACUCUCGAAGACCUUGUUCACAUACACUUCUUUAGCCCCAAACAAAAAGAGAGCUUCUAGGUCAAGAAAUAUACAAGAGAAAGAAAGAAGAAAGGGUUGAGAGUUUUGAGUGUAAGAGUGUUCAGUCCAAUCCAAACACCAUGGAAGAAGAGAAAGAGGAGAAAGUGAGGAUCUACGUUGGGGGUUUGGGGGAGUCAGUGACAGCGGAGGAACUCAGUCGGCUCUUUCAGUUGACUGGCGGAGUGGUUGACUCUGUCGACUUCAUCCGCACCAAAGGUCGCUCCUUAGCCUAUGUCGACUUUCUCCCUUCCUCUCCCAAGUCACUUUCCAAUCUCUUUGCCAAGUACAAUGGCUGCGCUUGGAAAGGAGGCAAACUCAGACUCGAAAAGGCCAAAGAACAUUAUCUCAUUCGCUUAAAUCGAGAGUGGUCACAAGAAAAGCAAAAGCAAGAAGAAGAAGAAGAAGCUAAAGCUAAAGCCCAAGCCCAAGCUCAAGCUCCUCCGCCUCCUCCUUCCCAUAUCCACCGGAAACAACUUGACCCUGAUAACACCAACCUCAUUCGCAUCUAUUUCCCCAGAUUAUACAAGGUGAAAUCUCUGCCUUUCAGUGGAAGCGGUAAGCACAAGUACAGUUUCCAGCGAGUUGAUGUUCCUUCUCUUCCAAAGUACUUCUGUGAUUGCGAAGAACAUUCUUCUUCUUUACCUGAAAAUGAGAAAGACAAACAAGUUGCUCAAGUAGAGUCACAGAGUGGUGGGAUCAAUGAACAAGAGCUUGAAAUAAUGAAUAAAGUGAUGAAUAACCUCUUUCAAAGCCAAAACCAAAACCAUGAUCAAGAUGAAGAUGAAGAUAAUCUCAUCAUCAAUGUUGUUACCAAAGACCAACCAGUCCCUUCAUUUGGGAGACCACAACUUCUUCAAGAACCAAGACCGAAAAGGGGACCUUUUGUGGAUGUGUCUGCAAUCAAGAAAGCGAAUGAUAAGGAGCCACCAUUCAAAAAGAAAAAGUCAGUUGUGAAUGACAAAACCAGUGGAAAAGAAUUUGAAUCUCCUGCAUUGGAAAAUAAAGAAGGCGUGCUUGGUGGUUCAAAUAAAUCAGUUAAACGCAAGUCAAGUGCUUCCGGGUCAAAGAAAUCUUCAUGGAAGGAACUUCUUGAUGAUAGCAAGAAAAGUCCAUUCAGCAUCUCGGGAAAUUUGUUCAGUAUGCCUGUUGCUGAGGAAGUUAAGCCAAGAUCAGAUACUUCUUGUGACUCUGAUAACGAAAACGACAGCAUGGAAACAGAUGGAGAAUUGGAAAACACUUCAUGCUUAAUGAAAACAGACGAACUAAUAGGAGUAGAAGAAGAAGAAGUUGAGGCUUCUGACAAAAAAGACAAUUUGGAAAGAAAUGGAGAAUUGGAAAGCAGAAGAGCAGAGGAGCUAGUAGUACAAGAAGCUCAACCUGCUGACAAAAUGGAUAACUUGGAAAGAGAUGGAGAAAUGAAAGACACAUCCUGCGAGAUGAAAGCAAAAGAGCUAGUAGGACUAGAAGCUCAACCUGCUGACGAAAAGGUUGUUUCAAAUCAGGCAGGGAGAGGUGCUUUUUGGCGGCAUAAAUCCUCUUGGACACAAUUGAUUGGAGAGAGUACUUCAUUUAGCAUUUCCCAAGUAAUUCCUGGUGUCACAUCCAAUCAACAGAUCACGGCGAAGCCCAACAAUCCGUUCGUUGCCAAUUUUUCCAAUGUCAAGAAUAACAACGUAGUAAACCCUGCUAGAGAAGAUAGUCCUGAUGUUUCUGAAAUGGGGAAGAAGAGGGAUGUAUCAAGGAGCACUGAGGAGGAGGAACAACAAACUGAGUUAGGUAAUAACGAAUCAUCCAUACUGAUGUCAGAACAAAAAAGUGUUGCAGCAGCAAAACAAACAUCUCCAAUGAAAGUUGAGAUAAGUAACACUUGCUCCUUUAUGAGAAGUGCUACAUCAUUGAAAGAAUGGGCAAAAACAAAGGCUGCUCUUAGUGGCUCACUGAAAAAACAAGGCCCCCCAAAGUAGAUUCUUGUGUAUCUUCGAGUUGUAGCGGGUGUUGAGGUUGAUCAUUGAAGUUUCUUUCAUGCUAUGCUUGGCUGUUCUAUCAAGCUCUUUAGCUAUGUAUUGUUGUGCUUGAUUAGAAUAAGCUUACAUGUAAACAUUGUGCUUGACGACGAAGAUUCGUUAGUUUUUUUUUUUUAAGAUCCACCCUUUCCUCAUGGGUACUAAUUUACUAUCUCUCACUCACGAAUUUGAACAUUUAACCUUGCAAGGUGAUCUUUGUUUAUUAUUCUACCUGUCCCAUGCUACAUACUUGGGAUGGAAUAUUUGUGACUUAACUUUAGUAUCAAUUGAACAAUGUUAGUUGAGUGAUAAAUAUGAUAUUGAGCUAAA